AUGGAAUAUGAGGCUGAGUAUUUAUUGUUAGCAAGCGAAACAAGCGAUCCGUAUGCAACACUGCUAAUCAGCCCAAAGACGGGUGUUUCCCGUUGGUCUUAUAAAGGAAAUGAACUACAAGGAGCUCGAACAGGAUCCGUUGAGAUGGUUGGUAGCAAUCAUUUUAUUGUAGCAACCAAAGACAAACCGUUACUUCAUUUCCUUUCUAUGGAUAAUAGUAAGCGCCUCCAUGUCAAGAGUGUGCUUCCCAAGUCGGUGCAUCACUUAGCUGUAACACCAGAUGGUAGCUUACUGUUCGCUGUAAUCAGUAAUGAAAUAUACAUAUGGAUUAUAGCCACAGGCGAACUUAUUGCUAUAAUUAACGGUCAUUAUCGAUCAGUAUCUAGUUUAUUACUGAAUUCCGAUGGUUCGCUCUUAGCGUUUGGGACGGAGGAUGGCAGCUUAUGUGUGUUUGUUGUUGCUGAGCUGGUAUCGAAAAACCCAGCUUUUGAACGUACCGUCCCAUUCCGUCAAUGGCGACCACAUUCUUUACCCGUUAGCGAUAUUGCGGUAACACGUCAUAGUAAUGCUCGUAUAUUAUCGUGUUCCAAGGACCAUACUGCCGCACUACACUCAGUUACAGCUAAUAUUUGUUUGUUAAAGAUCUCAUGUGACAUGGCAAUAUCAUCCUGUGCAAUUGAUCCCGCUGAAUGUCGAUUGUUUUUGGGCACUGUCGACGGAUCCUUGGUGCAAUUAGAUCUUUAUACUUUGAACAAAACAGAAGUGUCGCUUGUAAUUAGAGAAGAAACUAGUGGGAAUUUACAGCUGUUCAAGGGCCAUUCUGCUGAAUUGGCACGAUUAGAUGUAAAUCAUGAUGGCUCCUUGUUGGCAUCCGGUGAUGUAUGUGGUGUUUACGUGAUCUGGGAUAUUUCGAGUCGGCAGUGUUUGAAGACGGCAUCUCUAAAAGGACCCAUUUGCAAGUUGAAGUUCAAUGCACGAUGGAAAGCUACAGAAACAGGUGGCAAAAACAAACCAACACUCUGUGUCUCUAGUCUCAAGCGGCAGAAAGAAAGAAAACUACCCGCUCUUGUACCGUUGCAGGAUGGAAUAUCCAGUGAAAAGGAUGAAUUUUAUGCUUUAGAUCUGGACAGGAUCAUAUCUAAUUAUGCUAAGGUGGAAGUUCACGUUAAUACUUCAAACGACGAUGAACCGUACAGUGAAUACACCACAGAAGACUUAAAAUUAGCGGAAGGCGUGGAGAAUUCAGAUUCAAAAACAAUAGAGGGCUUGAAAAUGAAAAUAGCAACCUUGGAAAAAAUAAAUCAGCAAAUUUAUGAUUUUGCGGCAUCAUUAAUAAUUAACCGGAACUAA